CCGGGUAAGCGGAAUUGUCAAAACAGUUUUUAAAAUAGCUGUGCUGAAGCUUGUGUUUAAUGGUGAAUUUUCAAAGAAAUCAGUGAUUUUUAGAGUUAUUGAGUGCAAUUCGUUCGGUUUUUUAUUUCAAAUAAAAGAAUACAAAAUGAUCUCUGAUGCUUUAGGUGAUCUAGAAAAAUGUGUAGACACUGCCGGAACCCAGCUCGAUUCGCUGGCCCUGAAAAUCACCGACGUCGAGAAAAAUCUGGACGAGAAUGACAUGGAGGGCCUGGAAACCGGAAUGAUGGAACUGUUGGAGUCAGUCACUGAAGUGAAGAACGAGUACCAAAAUCUCCGCAAGGAUCUUCAGGAAGUUCAGCAACUGCAAAAGGAAAUGACCUGCUCGCUAAGGUACGUCCGCCAGUCGAGGGAUCAGAUUCGGGUCCAGCUGCUCUUCCUGAUGUUCCCUCAGGAUGUCUUCUCCGAUGAAACGAUUUAACACUUCACGCGAGCCACUAAUAUUCCGUUAGUGGUGGUUCCGACACGGGCUAACACUUGACUUAACGAACUGAUCCUACCGGCCUUCGGCUGCGCCAAUUAUGUAUUUCGGUACAUCAAAGGUUUUUUUUUUAAAAACACAACUUAACUCUACAACGGUCAAAACAGAACUGAACUUUAUUAGUUUACUGAGGUAUUACAAAGGCCUGUCUUAUGUCCGUGAUACCUCGCGGAGUACUACUAAGUCACAAUCAAAACUGAACUUAAUUAUCAUAUCAUUAGGACUUUUAUUAACUAAAUCUGCUGAAUCGCCAAUCCUCCGGGUGGUUCGAUUCUGAUGCAACCUUCGUCCGCGUGGUUCAAUUGGUUUGCGCUCGUCAUCGAUUCAUUGAAAUGCGGGCGCCUGGUUUUGGUUUGUUGCUAUGGUCGUCGGUUUGGGUUCUGCGACAUCUUUGGUUGAUGGAAGCCUCAAGCAUGGGUUUGGUUGAUUGGUGUAGGUGUAACGCCUCCCCUUUGAGAUUGUCCGUCCUCGGGCGAUUUACCAAAAAGUACGAGCCUUGGUAGAGAUCCGAUUGCUCCUUUUUGCGACUCCUUGUCUGAUGUUUCUGUUGGAUGUUGAAUCUCCAUGGUGGUUUCUUGCUUCGCUUUGGUCUUCCUGUUAAGAAUAUACUGCCGUGAAUCGCAUAUCUGUCCCAUCUUUGCUGGGUUUCCUAUUCAUAUAAGACAAAUAUGCGAUUCACGGCAGUAUAGGUAAUGAAAAAGCAUACUAUGGUUAAUGUGAGGAGAGUUCCUCCCCAGAUGACUGUUGUCUUCUUCGUGUGGUGAAGUUCCAGCUUUAAUUCUUGAAGUUUGUCCAAAUUGUCGAGUUUGAUGUGGGUGAAAUCAUCUUUUUCAUUUGUGAAAUUCAAUUGUGCCAGAUUUUUUGCCAUAAAUUGGUACAAGAUAUUCUUCUUGGGCUCUUGUAUGAUUGAGGUUGUUAAACGUGAAGUUCAUCACCUUGAUCGUGCAGUUAUUAGUUUCUAUUAUUGUUGGUGUGUUAACUAGCCUCGAUCCGCUGCAUGAAUCUGAGAUUAAUACGUUUUUGUUCGUGUCCACUAGUACUAUGCCUCUCUUUAUUUCUGUUAUUCUGAUAGGUUGCCUGGCGGGUUUUAGAACACAUUUUGGUGUAAGAUGAUUCAAGAGACUGUGGAUACAUUCAUCUUCCACUAGGGUUGUUUCGUCACAUAUAUCGCAAAGUUGUGUUUGUUUGUAGAUGGUGUUUCCAUAUUUGGCUACUAGCUUGAUGUCCGUGUUGAUUCGUGUGUUAUUCAUAUUCAGCGUCUGAACGUUGAUCAGAUCGAACUCUUUGUCUUUCAGGAUGGGUAUCUUCGCUAGGAUCAGGAUGUCUGUGCCUUCAAUGAUUACAUUCCCUGAGCUGUAUUGAAAAAAAUGGUCUGGAUAGUCUAGUUUUAAUCUUUGAGUUUUAAGCAUAUUAAAAAUAUACAUUUUAUCUUCGAAUGAGAGUAAAUUUCUAUUGAGGAUGUUGAGUUUAGCAAAUUCUACCUGCUCUUCUAUAUUGUUGAGGAUUUGUAUUAAAUUGUAAUUUUACAUAAUUAAAUUGAUACCCGAGUAGACGAAAAUAGCUCAAUAAUAUCAAAUGUUGAUAAGAUAGCAAAAUGAGAUAUGGACAUGAUUGAUAUAAGAGAUAAAGAUCAGACGACAAUAUCAAUAUUUUGCACUAAAAUAUCAUUAUGAGAUCAGGUUAUGUUAU